AUGGCUUCAUCCUCGAGUAGCUGUGUGCCUGCAGCCUUGCGGCCACCUGCAUGUUUUGGUCCUCUGGUUGCAGCCCGAGGAGGCGGCCAGGUUGUGCUGAAGGAUGUGACGGAGCUGUCAGACAGCUCCGAGGACUUCCUGGCAGAGCAAGAAGAAUCUGAAACUGCCGGAACUCGAAAGCGAAAGCGCAAGGGUCUCGACAACCGGCCCAAGAGCAAGCGACCUGCUCCUGACAAUGCAUUAGCUUUGGAACGGAUGGUGGCACGGAAAUGCCAUGCAAAAUGUCGUAAAGGCUGCAAGGCCCCGUACCGGCUUCACAAAAACUUCGAGGCCUUGCGCUCUUUUAGAAGAACAUGGAUGGAGUAUCACAAAGUGGACCAGGAUCAACCGAAGCCGCCGGUGGAUCAACGGUACCUGAAAUCUCCCAAGAAAGGUCAGGUGGCUCCGGGAACUUCGGAGGUUUUUUCUUUCUUGACCAGGAUGUACGAAUCCGUGGCAGAAAGCCUUCCGGACGUCAGAGACGAGCCGGGGGAGGUCAAGGAGUCGGACUUCGCUUUCGACGUUUCGACCGAUCCGGAUGCCGACCCCUAUGCAGCUGCACUGCACAAGAAGAAGCGAUCGACGUGUCGGUCGGUGGUCGUCAACCAGAGCCGCACUCCGCAGGGUGGAGGACCUGAGGAACGCCGCUCGCACGAUAUGCCUCCAAGUGGCGUUCCUUAUGAUGAGUUCGAAAUUUGUGUUGAAUUGAAAGGCUUCCUGCCGCCGGGCGACAUGCGUGAGUAUCACGAACAAUACUUGCGCCACUGUGCACCGGAGCAGAAGGUCAGUUUCCCCACGUUCUGGCGGGCGUCUUGGCGAGUGUGGAAACGCGAGUUCCCGCAUCUGAGCUUUCGACCUCGGUCUUCGCAUGCUCAGUGCACGCAAUGCUUGCGUCAUAAAACUAUGAUAUCUGGCCUGGCACACCACCUGAGAGCACGACAAGCUGCGCAAGACAGAUACUUUGAGCAUUUGACUGCGCAGUAUCGCGACAGGCUGCAAUACUGGGAGGCACGUGGACGCUCCCAGCUUCGGGGCACUGACCUUACCAUCAUCAUCGACGGGAUCGAUCAGUCCAAGUUCUUGGUGCCGCGAGACCCGAAGCUACGUGCGAAGUGCUUUGACAGCUUCAAUCGGCCAAAGCUCCACGUCAGCGGCGCUAUCAUUCAUGGAUGGGCCGUUGUUUUUGCAGUCGCCAACGCUGACUUGCCCAAAGAUGCAAAUUUUUGCAUCGAGAUCCUCGCCUACUGCCUCCAGCUGGUUUCUGAACUUGGAGGGACUCUGUCCGACAUGAAUGUCCAUAUUCAGUCGGACAACACGACGAGGGAGGUGAAGAACAACGUUACGCUGCGGUGGCUUUCUGGUCUCGUUUCGGCUGGUGUUAUCAGAAGUGGGAGUGUCCGGUGCUUACGCACCGGACACUCUCACGAAGACAUAGACCAACUUUUUGGAACGUUGUCGCGACACUUGGCGUCCCGGGUGAAGUCCGCUUUGACCAUUGCGGACUUCUGUCUCCACAUCAGAAACUUCCUCGGGGCUCUGAAGCGGCCUUCCGAAAAGGUCUCCCGAGUGGUGCAAGUGGACCAGACACGCGACUGGAAGCUCGAUUGCUGA